AUGGCAUCCACUCCACGCGCCAUCCCCCUGACCUGCUCAGGGCACACCCGCCCCGUCGUCGACCUCCAGUUUUCAAGAGUCAUAGAUGGUCAGACUGGAGACUGGAUUGGAACGUUCAUUGGACACAAGGGCGCCGUCUGGAGCGCGCGCAUGAGCACCGAUGUCACAAAAGCUGUCACUGCCUCGGCCGACUUUACUGCCAAGGUCUGGGACACAUAUACCGGUGAUAUUCUUGCCUCGUUCCCCCACCAGCACAUUGUCCGAGGAUGCGACUUUUCGGGCGAUGGCAGCCGUAUUGUCACAGGAGGCAUGGAGAAGAAGCUCAGGAUCUUUGAUCUCAACCGGGACGACCUUGCAGGACAACCCAUCCUGUCCGCUGACGGCCACACCUCUGUCAUCCGUAAUGUCGUUUGGGAUGGUGCACGGAAUAUGAUCCUUAGCUCGGGAGAUGACAUGGAGAUCAGGGUGUGGGAUCCUCGCUCGUUCAACCAGGUUCACUCUUGCAAGAUGGAUGGACCCAUUGCUUCAAUGGAGUUGUCUGCAGACGGACAGUACAUCACCUCUACCACCGGCAAAUCUGUCUACUUCUGGGACGCCCAAACCUAUACGUUAAGAAAGCACAUCAAGACAGAAUAUGAUGUCUCUGCAGUCUCGCUUCACCCCAAUCAUACCCGGUUUGUUGCAGGAGGCUCGUCUGAUCUCUGGGUCCGGAUCUACGACUUUGAGUCGGGUCGCGAGCUCGAGGUCUACAAGGGACACCACGGACCUGUGCAUACGGUCAGCUACAGCCCUGACGGCGAGCUUUAUGCUACAGGAUCAGAGGACGGUACCAUCCGUCUCUGGCAAACAACACCUGGCAAGCGCUAUGGACUCUGGCAGGGUGAUGGAAACGAGGAUGCUUGA